UCCCCGCCUCUCGAUAUAAAAUGGCCAACCGUCUUUUUCCAUACCGUUUUGCCCCAAAUCAGAAGUAGUCCUUUUCUAGCAGUAAUGGUCGACCUCGGAUGCCGCUUUUUUGUCAUUUAAAAGAGUAUUUCUGUAGGACUUGAACUAAGGAAAUCUGGGUACAGAUCUCAUAGCAGCCAUGAAGUUCGUCAGAUGAUUCUAGAUGGAUCAGAGUCUCUUAGUCUAAUAUCACAGGUUGUUGUAAUGGUAACGUGUUUUCCCCACGUAUAUAUCACAUUGGGGAAAAGGGGGUUGCUUAAUUUUGCUUAUGUAAAUAAUCACAUCCACCACUCUUAGACUUGAUAAUUUUAGUUGUAAGAAUGUUUGAAGUUCAAAAACUUCAACAUUCCAUGUGCAUUUUCAAAGAAAAUAGAGAUGAAAAACCUCAAGUAUAUGCCUUGUUGGUUCAGGAUAAAAUUUCAUCAUCAAACCCCAGCUCAACUAAUGGAUCCAUUCCAAGAGGACAAGAAUCAAGAUGGGGUUUGGUACUGAAACAGCCCUGAUGUUCUACAGAAGAGAGAGGGGAAUCAAGGAAUAAGCACAUAAAAAUAUGUACGGAGUCCCAAAGAGCUCAGGGAGUAUCUAUUCAACAGAAGACUCUAAUGAAGCAAACAAUGGCUGUAACAGUGACAGCUCAGAUUCUGACACCCAACAACUUUUAGAGAGCCCAAAGUGCCUUCCACCAAGUGCCCUGAGCCCUCCUCCUGAUCACAAACACACACAAGGAGAAACAACCAUGGAGCACAAACAUAAGGUUAGAAUGCAACACCACCACCAUCCUGAAAGCAAUGCAGUGGGGCGGCCAGGAUCCACAGAGUGUUUGUCCCAAGGAAAAAAAUCAUCUUGCAGCUGUACCAACAGCCACCCUCUCUUCAGUCAUAAAUGGAAAUAUGUGCUGUGUCCAUGUCCACCCAAGAAAAGUAUCACUAAGCUCAUCUGUAAUUUGAUAGUGCUAAGCCUAAAAACUCCAUUUUGCUUACUGAAAGGAGUCUGCAGCAUUUUAUCAAGGGUGAGCUCUACUCAGAAAAUUUUGUCUUGGGUCAUCCUGUUCCUAUUAUUUUUUGGAGUGGAUCCAAGGAUUUACCAAAAAGCUUGCCUCCUGAAAGGAGGAGAACAGAAAGGUGCUACCUACAUGGGACUAUUGGAUGGAAAUAAAUUUCAGAUGUUCGGAGAAGCAUGGAGAGACUUCUCCAUUUGUGAUCUCAUCCAGGGUGAAACAAAAGAUCUGAGGUCCCUAAUAAAGGCUAAUCACAGUUUGGGGAAAAAGACACUUGAAAAUCUACGUCUGAAGGAGCAGGUGGGUAAGCUACAAUCAGAGCUUCAUGAUCUGAGAUUGGGUAUGAAGGACAUCGCCCAUCAUGCUGUCAGUGAAGUACUAGAAGGAUAUACUAGCAAAGGCAGUACAAGAUGGAGUAUUGAAAAGAUGCUUAAAAAAUUGAUGGAAAAGCUGGAUGAAGAUGAUGUUCAAAUGCCUGAUUAUGCCCUCAGAUCUGCAGGUGCCAGCAUUGUUCAGUCCAGAACUACUAGGAGCUACCGCCAUGAUGGAGGAAAAUACUUCUGGAUGUCAUUCAUUAUGCUCCCUUUUGUGAAGUCUCCUGAUGUAAUUCUUCAGCCCAAUUACCACCCUGGAAAUUGUUGGUCUUUCCCUGGAAAUCGAGGUGAAACUGUUGUGAGGCUAGCCAAGGAAAUUAUUCCAAGAGCAGUUACAAUAGAGCAUAUAUCCAAGAAGGUCUCCCCAACAGGAGAGAUCUCCAGUGCUCCCAAAGAUUUUGCCAUUUAUGGACUACAAGAGGAAAAGGAGGAGCAGGGAACUUUCUUAGGCCAGUUUCUUUAUGACACUGAAGGAGAUUUAAUUCAAACAUUCCAACUGAAGAAUGAAUCUUCUGAAUUUAUGAGUUAUGUGAAACUGAACGUACUAAACAAUUGGGGCCACCCAAACUACACUUGCAUUUAUCGCUUCAGGGUACAUGGAGAUCUACAAUACAACUAGAUAUUCUGCAGAUGAAGCCUGCUGGUGUAGAAACAAAGUCAUAACAUCACAGUGCCAAACUGAUGGGAAUUUGCUGUGCUGUGAAUUUGCUUCUUCAGUUAAAAAAGAAAUACACAACAACAAUUAAAAGCUUGUGGAAGUUACUUUAUUCUGCACUUUCAUAACUGGGUAAAAAAUAGCAUUGUUGCCAUCCACAGAAUUUUAAACUGUUUCCCACUGAUGAUUGAUUUGGGAAGAAAAACUGGGAAGGGUACUAAACAGGAAUGCUUUCACUUAAAAGUAUCAGGAGAUAAUCUCCUGCUUAAGGUUGCAAUCUGCUUUAUGAGUAAAUCAUACUGAACUCAAUCUAGCUUUCUUCUGAGUAAAUAUGCGUAAACUGUUAAUAUCAAACUGAUGUGAAUUUGCUCUGCUUCUGCUUCUUCAGUUAAAGAGAAAUACAACAAUGAAAAGCAUGUGGAAAGUUGCUUUAUUCUUCACUUUGAUAACUGGAUAGAAAAUAGCAUUGCUGCAACCUACAGGAUUUUAAACUAUUUGCCACUGAUUAUCUUUUAUACCAUCAAGUUUUAUU